AUGACCUCUCCUGUGAUGGACACACCAGCGCCUAGAGAAGCUCUGACUUCUGCCCCUGCUUCUGAUGCCACCACUGACAUACCCACCCCCAUUAAGAAAGAGCCGGGUACCAUGGCUGUCAACGGUGACAUCGUAGCGACGGAGACUUCGGCAACUCCCCUGAUCCCCCCAGCAUCUACCACCAUCCCAGCACUGACAACUCCGGCUCCCAACUCAAACGGAACCGCUGUGGACACUUUGGACAAGAAGUCACAAUCUUCCAAAAAACAGGACAAGAACAAGACUACAAAACGGCUAGAACUUGAGAAGCUUAUGCGUGAGUUUCAAUCCAAGUUGGGACCUAACUGGGAAAAGUAUCAUGAGGCGCUUCUGUAUUUUCUUAUUGGUAAGCUCAGCCGGCCCGAGCUUGUUUCCAUAAUACUGCCCCUCUUGCGCAAUGAUAACUUGGUUCAUUAUCACAACAAGCUUUUACUUACCCAAUUGGCUAACUCCACCAAGGAAUUUGCUCCUCAGGAUUAUGUCGCCGGGGCAGACGACUUUGCUUUUUUCUGGAAUAAAAAGGCAGCAAAGCUGACGAAGGUUAAGCUGCUGCAGUACGAGAAAUUCAAACAAAAUAUCAUGGGAUUGCCAAUCAAGGAGCGGUUGCGGAUUAAGAGCAUCACCAAGGACAGCGGUAAGCAAGGUAAACUCAACCAAGGAAUUACUUUGACUCGGCAUAGUCUUCUCCCAAAAAUCCCAAUGAUUCAAGAUAAAGAACAACAACAGCUACAUGUCAAUUCUUUGGUGCAGUGGCAACAGGAUGUUGUCAAUGGUAUCAACACGCCAAUCUGUACCGAUACCUAUGAACUUCCUGAUUACGAAACACUUUCAAAGAGGGUGCUUAUGACAAUGCGCGAAUAUGGACUUACAGGUGGUGUGCUGGCUUCCGUUUUAGAGGUACUUCUAUUGGGUCUUGAGCUGUAUCUCAAGAGUAUAAUGGAGAAGGCUAUUGAUACUGCGAAGUACAGAGAAAACAAGUACAGCAAUAAUGAUUAUUUACCAUCCACACUGAUCCUUGACGAAGACGUUCUCAGCAGCCCCGCGAAGAGGCGGAGGGUUGAGGAGCCUAUACGUCAACUGACCAAAGAUACCACUUUAGGCAUUGAGGACAUAUAUGAGACCCUAGAAAUGUUUCCUCACUUGAUCGAACCAUGCGGACCAAAAUAUCGUAUCAGUGGAGUUAUGCUUGAAAACGAUGAUGCCAGUGCCAAUACUUUAGACUACCAAUUGCCACCCAAGCUGGAUGCAGCACUUCUAUUGGACAAGGAUAUUGAAAAAGAGAAUGAUAAAGACAAGCCCCCAGCUCCUCCCAAACCCGACGCCCAUAUCGGAAACACAGAUGACUUGAAAUGGAUGCUACAUGAUUUGAUCACAACGAUGUAA